AUGUCGCUUGUCUCAGGCCCAGGUAGAGGCGGAUCUACUUCUGGAGCGCAGGAGCUCUACACUCAAAAACAUGUGGACUAUAUAAAGAGUCUAGAUACUCGAAGAGAUGAACUCGAAUAUUGGUUAACAGAACACCUCCGGCUCAACGGCGUCUACUGGGGACUCACCGCACUGCACAUACUCGGGCAUCCAGAUGCGCUACCGCGCGACAAAACGAUAGAAUUUGUUUUAUCCUGCCAGAGUGAAGAUGGUGGUUUUGGUGCGGCGCCUAGACACGAUGCCCACAUGUUAUAUACCGUUAGUGCGGUACAGAUACUUGUAACGCUUGAUGCGGUUGACGAACUGAAUAAGGAUGGACGCGGUGGGAAAGAGAAGGUUGCUUCUUGGAUUGCGAACCUCCAAGACCGUUCAACGGCAUAUAUCCAAUCCUGUGCCAAUUUUGAUGGAGGCUAUGGGGUUAGGCCAGGUGCCGAGUCACACGCUGGUCAGAUAUUCACCUGUGUCGGAGCUCUCGCUAUAGUUGACAGGCUAGAUCUGGUUGAUACCGACCGGCUGGGUGGCUGGCUUAGUGAGCGACAGUUGGAGAAUGGAGGCCUGAACGGGCGGCCUGAAAAGAAAGAGGAUGUGUGCUAUAGCUGGUGGGUGAUGAGUGCGUUAGCAAUGAUCGGAAGACUACAUUGGAUCAACGGUGAUAAGCUUGCUGCAUUCAUCUUACGGUGCCAGGAUCCUGAGCAUGGCGGUAUCGCUGAUAGACCUGAGGAUAUGGUGGAUGUAUUUCAUACUGUGUUUGGGCUAACAGGGUUGAGUUUAUUGAAGUAUCCAGGCCUGAAAGAGGUAGACCCAGUAUACUGUAUGCCUAAGGAGGCUACGGAUAGAGCAUUAGGUCGUUGCGUAUAGUAGUGAAUAUAAACCGUGAUAUAUAUUUAA